AUGUCUCGCUGCAACCAUGUCGCUCUGGUGGACGCUUUCCAAACAUCAGUCGUGGAUCCCAACCGUAUGUCACGGCUUUUCAAGUCCCUCCAUGACCCGGAUAGACAGUUCCCUUGUCAAGUGGUCUGUGUUGGUCAAAAAGAGAAGCGAUCGGCAUUGCGUCAGAUUUUCUCAGGUAACAACCCUGCCAAGCGUCCUGAAGGCCUCGUGAACUUGUACAUCGACACUUGCUCCAUUGCACAAGAGUAUCCGCUCCUCCUUGUGGACACCGACCCAUCACUUGAAGUCCAGCCGAGACUGCUGCAACAUGUGUCCUGCCACGAGAUCAAGACUCAUCGCAUAGAUUGGGAUUGCCCGCCAGACUUCUGCUUCCAGGAUGUCUUGUUGGCACGACUCGUAUUCCUGUUCGCGGACGUCAUCUGCAUCUUCGCAGACGACGUGGGCGGUCUGGCUGGCGCUGGCGGCCAUCUACUGGCGUGGAGCAGAUGUGGUUCAGCAUCGAGCCUACGAUCUCAGGUUCGACCUCGUGUGAUUGUGGUUACUUCGGAGCCACGCUCCGCUGCGACACAGUUGUUGGAGGAAAGUAUAACAGCCCUUUCGGUCACUGCUGAUUUCAUUGCCACGUUUUCCGCGAUGCGAAUCGAGUAUGUGGAGCAGUGUGGUUCCUCGGCCGUGAGGUACCAGCCUCUGCGAAGAUUGUUGCGGCAAGACGAAGUACCCCAUGCAAGAAAGAUUCGGCAACGUUCCAGAAUGCUGUUCUCGGCACGACAUUUAUCCUGGCUAUUCCCACAUGCGGUCGCUCACUUCUGUCGAUCGUUUGAGGAUACCUUUGACUUUGUGCAGUGCUUCAGCGAUUGUGGACAUCAGCAAUCUAACCUCCUAUACCAUGCAAGCACAUUCAUCAACCAGAGCAUGGAACGGAAAGUGCCUUACGACGCCGUAGCGUCCGUCAUCGCUUCUUCGAUACUCCUCGACGCAUAUCCGCAAGGAACUCAUUGGUUUUGCCCCGGGAUUGUAUUCGACGUCGGUUAUGCCAUUAAGGUCCAGAGCCUUUUCGAAUUGGCCUACAUUGGCAAUAGUGAAGAUGUAACAACAUUCGCCUCGUACAUGACGGGUGUUGUACGCGAUCACGUCGAGCAUUUCUUCGCGAUCAUGGAGCACAAAGGACAAUCAUCGCAUGAAAUCCAUGCGAAGAACCUGGCAGCAACAUCAUCCCAGAUUCAAUGGGUGCGUUUCAAAUCUAACCGCACUUGCUUCUACUGCCUCGCGCGUGCCCCAGAGCACGUCCUCGAGUGUAAGCAUGCUCUUUGCGAUCAUUGUGUUAGGAGGACGGGGGUCGUGCAGGUCGACAGGGAGCAUGCGUUCAUACUAAAACGAUGCGGAUUGUGUCUCAGACCCGCGGACCUCACCGUCCAUCUGAAGCCUCCUACGGCUGGAGUACGCAUACUUAGCGUCGACGGCGGUGGCAUUCGCGGUAUUGUUCCCCUGGAGUUCUUAGAACUUCUACAACGCUCCUUCGGCGACGACUGCAGUCUCCAGGACUACUUUGAUCUUACAUGUGGGACAAGUGCCGGCGGCCUUAUCAUCCUGGGUCUGUUCGCAAAGGAGUGGGAUCUCUCCGAGUGCAUAAAUACCUUCCGACGACUUGCAGGGCAAUUUUUCAGUGGUCCUGAUAUAAAGUCUGUGCCGCUUAUUCCCCGCAUACAGUCGUAUAUCCGCUGUCUCUUGAAUGACAGCUGCUAUAAAGCUGAAAUUCUCGAAUCUGGGUUGCAAGAGAGCUUUGGUCGCUUCACCCGCGUGUUCGACUUCCCGCCCAAUAGCCUGUCGAGGCACAAAUUUGCCAUUACUGCCACCAACAUUUCCGACGCCUCGCCAUUCAUCUUCACCAACUACAAUGGUCGCGGAGACCGUGAUCGUGAUUGCGGUACCAGUGAGCCUCUGCUGUGGGAAGUGGGACGAGCGACGUCAGCUGCACCGGUUCUCUUUCAACCCGCAACAGUAUCGAAUGUUGGUACGUUUCAAGAUGGUGGACUUAAGCAUAACAACCCGGUGAAUAUUGCCUUGUGGGAAGCACGACAGAUCUGGUCGCCCUCUACGCAGACCGACGUGGUCUUAUCCUUGGGGACAGGCACAACACAGACAUCUGCCACGCCCCAAGCUCCAUCCAUGAGGAACAAAUUCAAGGAUGGCUUCAUACCCCGGCUCUGCCGAUCUUUCAUGUCUAGCCUCGACGGCGAAUCGACGUGGCGAGACCUGAGCAAUCAUCUGAGCACAGAUACUCGGACAGGAUACUACCGCCUGAACAUCCCACUUAUCGGAAACGAGCCUCGACUAGACGAUGUCUAUGCUAUCGAAGGACUUCGAGCGAACGUUCAAACAUACAAAAAUGACCCCCGCCUGAGUGAAGUCAGAUUUGGCUUACUCGCGUCGUGCUUUUUCUUCGAGUUAGACGCCAUCCCUCAAUUUGAUGGCCGAGGUCUAUAUGUGUGCAGUGGCAAAAUUCGAAUCCGGGGGAACUGCACAAAGGUCUUAUCAUUCUUGCGCCAAACUGAGACCAAGGAAAUCGAGUUCACUAAGGACAAGGAAUUCCUCGGUAGUGUCUCAGACACGAGAGACAUCUGUGCGCGUUGCAAAAGAUUUCACAAACGGGUGACUUUCCAUAUUCGUCAUCCCACGGAGCAAGUCACGGUAUCACUCAACAUCGGCCAUAAAUACCAUACCCGCAUCAGCGGGUUCCCUCAGUCGAUGGAAUGGUUUGCACAACAACAACAUCUCCACCUAGUCGAGCAAUCUAUACAGAGGCCACAAUGCAUGUGCAUGCCCCUCUUACCCAUAACACCGUUGGUCGUCAAGAAGAGGACGACGUCUGGCAAGUCCCAAGGCCGGGUGUCGAAGAAGACCAAGAUUGCAGAAAAUGAGCGGGGAAGAGAGCGACUAUGGAUUUAA